UUUCCUCAUCUUCUUUGUCCCUUCAACUGGAAGUAAAGAGAAGAAGGCAGAGUGAGUUCACAUAGCAUACAAGAUCGUGUCUCGUGUGAUUCGAUUCGUGUCCUUGUUACUCAAUCUGGCACAUCGCUGCAACCUCUCGUUACAAAUUUGUCGUCCGCGUACGCCUUAUAAAGUCCAUGGAAGAAUCUGCAGAGAUCCUAUAAGCACUUGAAUACUUGAUCAAGAUAGAAGCCAAGAAAAAGAAGAGAGAAGAUGAGGGCGCUGAGCAGGUCGAUGAUGGUUGGCAUCUUCAUCACCUUCUGCUUCUCCAUUCAGAACUCCACACACAGGCGACAAGACGACGGGCAGGGACAGCGCGACUCUCUCUUCUCCAGUUCGGCCAUCGCUGGCAACAGCAACGGCAAUCCUGACCAGCUGCCGGGCCUUCAGUACGACUUCUACCGCGAAGCUUGCCCGGAGGCGGAGUUCGUCAUUCGCAAGACCGUCCAAGAUUUCGUCACCAAACGUUCCGACGUCGCCCCCGGGCUCCUCCGACUCGCCUUCCACGACUGCUUCGUCCAGGGGUGCGACGCGUCGGUGCUGCUGGAUUCGAGGGAAGGUGCUCCGUCGGAGAAGGAAGCGUCGGCCAACAAGAACUCGCUGAGAGGGUUCGACGUCAUCGACGCUGUCAAGGAGAGGCUGGAACACCUCUGCCCACUCACCGUUUCCUGUGCUGACAUCGUUGCACUCUCUGCUCGCGACGCUAUCUUCCUGACAGGCGGCCCUUUCUACCCUCUGAGCACCGGCAGGCGUGACGGCAGAGUGUCCAGAGCAGCGACGGCCGAAGCCCAACUUCCCUCUCCGUUCGACACCCUCGCCGCCAUCCUCGCUGCCUUCAACGAACGUGGGCUACACCAGAAUGAUACCAUCACUCUCCUAGGUGCGCAUACUAUUGGACACACACACUGCCGCUUUGUCCAAUCCCGUCUAUACAACUUCUCCGGCGACGGUUCGCCGGAUCCAACUAUGAAUUCGACUCUGGCAGAGAGCUUGAAAUUGAUCUGCCCCGAAGACGAUGACGAGGAAGCGGACAUGGAUGGUAGGACUAAGUUGCCCAUGGACUUCGGCGGCCAUGACACCUUCGACAGCCACUUCUACCAGAACGUCGUCGAGGGGUACGGCGUGCUGUAUGCGGACCAGCAACUCAUGGCCAGCGCUGCUACGGCCAACUUGGUCGUCGACUACGCCAUUGACUCGGACCUGUUCCGUAGGGAGUUUGCCCGAGCCAUGGUCAAGCUGAGCUCGGUUGGGGUGCUGACCGGGUCGCAGGGCGAGGUUCGUAGGGAUUGCCGGCGUCUACUUGAGGACGAACCCACUGGGCUCAAUGGUGGGUGAAGACCUGCAGAUCGAUCCAUUCUUGGCAUCGCUCAAUUCGUAUAGUGUUUUGGUUCCUCCUUGUUUCUUUUAUCUUUUUCCCUUUGGGUAGUG